ACACACACAUAUAAAUACACUUUUGUCUUUGCACACAUUUUCUAUCUCACUUGAAAGAACAGUAAUCAAGGGAGUGUCACAUUAAUUAAUUAGUUAUCUCUGAAGUGGAAUUUAUUACAUAAUUAUCCGUAUCCCAUUGAGACAUUUUGAGCUGUUCAAGUAAAAAUAAUCUGUACAAUGGAAAGAUUUUAUCCAAAUUUCUAUUCUUAUACGAAAUCUCACUACGAACCAUUGGUUUCGAGUCUAUUAACAAGAUCUGAACCAGAGCGUAGUGCUAAACUGCACAUUGACUGUAAGGAUAAUGAUGCCAGUGAGGAGAAACAAAAUAGCUCGUGUAGUGAAAGACAAAAUACGAACAUGAAUGAAGUCACUGAGCAACAGAAUUCUUCGGCAUCAUCCAAUAUGCUUCGGCAACGAAUUCAAAGUGUGGAUAGAACAAAAAUGUCACGUAAUCAACUGGCGAAAUGGACGACAACAGAUUCGCAAAGAUGGGCUCGCGAAAAUUCAGACCCUCCAGGCCGUGAAAAGUCUACUGAAGAAGAAGAUCUAACUGGUUCAGUCUUCACCGGAUCUGUACAGUCAUUUAUAUUGCCAUUUACUAGAAUUAAUGAAUACUUAACACUGGGAAUUAACGCUAAAUAUCACAACCACUCUAGAACUUUCGAAAGUGGAAUCAACUAUCUGAGCUUAGUUUCCCGUAAUGAUGUUCGAUGUAACAUCAUUCCAAACUGUCAGCAUUUUCCUGAUCUAAUGUCAACAUCUUUAACAAAGACAAAUUCACCAAUAAAGCAUAAGUCAAGAUCACUGCGUAAGCAUUCACGUGAAAAAACACUACCAUGUUCAAAUCAAGACGAUAAAACACUCAUGACGUUAGAUUCUAAUAAUGUGUUCAUCAAUCUAAAUGAGUCCAAAUUACAGAUUGCGACAAAUCAGAAGAGCGUACCCCGUUCUAGAAGAUUACCGUCACCAUGUGUUCGUAUGAAAACACUAGAAACGGAUACAAAUUAUAAUGUAUCUCUCGAAACAGGUCAGAACACAAGCUCCUCAAACUAUGAUCUUCGACCGAAGCGAUUAAUAGAAACAGAACGCAUGGUUAGACAAGAAUUAGCGUCUGCAAAACAGAAAUCAGCAACUUUCAAUAGUAACAAUGGCAUAGACAGAGAAGAUCGGAAAUCAGCGAUGCAGAAUUCACCAAUACCUCUAAAAAAGUCGAGUUCUAGUGAGAGAAGACAAAUAAUUUCUCCAGAUACAAAUACACCUGUGAAUGUUUUAGAAGAAAUAAAUUCAUUUGAAAUGAGUGAUAGUGAGACCGACUUAUCUAGAGGAUUGGAAAGAACUCGAGUCCUAAGGAAUGGUGAUGAUUUAAUCAGAACUGAUGGAAAUUCGAAGAACUCUGAGAUACAAGAGCUUCAAGGCAUUAUAAAUCAUAUACGUGAGGAAGAUAGGGACAACAAGUCUUUAGCCAACUCUCCGAACAGUUUUAAACCAAGUCCAAGAAGAUCGAUGUCUUGUCGUACACUUCCUGAUGCUAUGUACCAAGACAAUCAAGAUGCUGUAAGCUUGAGUAGCGUUGCAAGUGACACAAGUGCCGGCAGUCAAACUAUCUCCGUAGACUCAAAGAAACAUGACAACUACUCCCAUUCUGUUGGGAAUAACACCUCAACGUUGGAAAAACAUGGAGUCUAUACUAAACAUUCCAGAUGGUUGGGCAAAUCCAUAGCUAAAGCGUUCAGAAGACGCACAAGGUCUACUACACAAUCAAUCAAUUCACUGGGUACAAUAAAUGACACUACGAUUACGAAUAUGGAGCCUAACCAAAUCAUCAGUCAGAAAUCGAACGAUGAAAAUCAGUUGGAUCGACUUUAUCUGACAAUCAGUCGAUUGCAGUGUAGGAUAGAUCUCCUUGAAAAAAGAAACAAAAAACUACAGGAAACCGUAUCGAAAUAUAAUCCUGAUGAUGAACUUCUAUGCAAUGAAUUUCGUUUGGAAAGAACCAACAGAAAAGUGUUUUUAUCAGAUUUGUCGUCCAAAUUUUGCAAAAAUAGUCGUUAUUUUGUGCCAGUCCUUGUGAACACUGAAGAAAUCAUUAUUGAUUCAGAAACGAAAAAAUCACUGAAAAUAGGAUGCAUUGGAUUACACGAUGAUAUGACUUGGAAUGAGCUGGAUGAAGUACUGCAAAAACUACUUCAGUGUUACAUCAGUUACUUGGAUCCUAGUGAACAUCUGCAACUUAAUUCACUGGAACUAGGGGCGUAUCAGCUAAAUUCAAUUUACAAAUAUCCAGAUAUAAAGAAAACAGAGAGCAUUGUGCGACGUUUCUCACGAAUACUACCACUACCAUCGCCACAACCGUUAUUUACAACAAAUCAGAAUCAUUCCCAACUGCAUGUUGCAGCUACGCUGGAAACUAGCUGUCAUAUAAACAGACAAAUUUAUUCACAGUUCCCUGUUAUGUGGUUGAAUGAAAUUACUAAAGGGUAUGAUUUGGAGCUAUUCACCUUAUCUAUAGAAAUAGAUUUACAAGGUCGUACUAUGAACUCAACAUUGAAAAGAAAGAAUAAAAAGGUACACCAAAAUGUUACUGAGAAAAUUGACAUGCUGAACUAUGGAUGUUAUACAAGUCUAGUACCAUAUAAUACACUGAAGUCCUACUUAUCUGUCAUCGAAGCAAAUAAUUUCACAAUAAUCUGUGGACUGACUGGAACCGGGAAAUCGCAUCUGGUGAAUAAUCUGGCCAAAAUUUUAUCACAUGAUUCGUGUUAUUCAAAGGCAAUAUACAACUUCCGGUUUACAAAUAACAAAAGUCCAACUGUAAAAGAAAUGAAAAAGAUACUCAGAAAACAGUUAUCAUCCUUUUCGAAAUGUGGUUUCCCCAAAGUGAUAAACUUAUUUGAUAUGCAUCUCUUCCAAGGAUCUGUUAUGGAUAUUUUUAAUGUUUUUAAUACCUCAUCAAAACGUCCAAAGAUUAUAGGUACAAGUGAAAGGGCGGACAAAGAUUUUGAGAACACUUGCCAUGACAAUCAUGUAAAGAUCAUACACCACCUGCCUGACAUAAAAAGUACACAAGAAUAUUUGGAAAGUGUAUUAUACAGAAAUCUUGCUCAAAGUCGAAUGUUUUGUUCAGGUGGACUUACUAACGAAGAUGUUAAUACCAGUGCAAAUAAAGAUCGGAAGUGUUAUCAAUUGAUUUUCUGGUUAACUGAAUUUUGGAGGAAAUUAAAUGAAAUCCUGUGUUCUAUAGCUAACAGAAAACACUGUGCCAUUUUUGGCGUGCAGUCCACACUGAAAUGCCCCAUGGAUAUUAAUGAUUCAUUGCAUUGGUUUCUUGACCUAUGGAACAACAUGUUGGUUCCAGUUUUAUUUGAAAAUAUCAGAUAUGUAACGAAAGAGAAGUCAAACAAUGACUACAACAUGUUACUCACUGAUUUUAUUGCAUGGACAAGUACUACAUGGCCAUGGGAUAGAAGCAAAAUAUACUUCCCUACUUCUUUGAAAAGCCCAAAAAUAAGUUUAACCCAGAACCCAUCGAGUACUCAGAGCAUCCAACCUAUGCAGACUCCCUGUAGUUCCCUGGAUGCGGAAGUAUGCAAAAAUCGAACAAGCAUGGAUUCGGGGAUUAUUCUGGAUGGGAUGUAUCCAACAAAUGCCUGUAGCAGUAAUGAUGUGGAACAAAUUCCAUCAAAUACAAACGAUUACAUACAUGUGAUCAGAACGCUAUGCAGAUUAGAAUUAGAGUAGUUCAUUCAAUAUAACGAUUUUGGACACUCAAAAAUAUUACCUUUUCUUUAUGACCGUUCUUUUGUAAGUGUGACAAUGAAAUUUAUUGCUUAAAACAACAUAUUGUGAUUACCAAUGUAUAAUACGAGGCGACAAGUUUCUUUUUUUACAGAAAUAAACCUUCAAGAAUACCGAAAGUGCUCACUUCAGUCAUUUUAACAAAUUGAUAUGCCAGGAAAAUACAUGUUUACUUCGCAUUGUGUGACUAAUUUCGAAAUGAGUUGAAGAAUAAGGGCAAACUGAGGGGUAACUAAUAAACCUCUUAUUCUAGCUAA